GACAGAAGAGGGCCAAGUAUAAAUACAUUAGCGGAUAGAAAAAAAAACUCAUUACAGAUUUUGCUUCCGAGAAUCUAUCAAGUCCAUAUACGAUACUCAACCAAGACAAGUCUUCUUGCUCAUCGCCGCGUUUAGUCUUCCAAUUCCCGUCAAAUUCACAUCAUGGGUGGAGGAAGAGUGCAACCGAAGAAUCAAAUGUUCCGUUAUGCGAAACAGUACAUCGCUCGUGUGAAGGAAGCAUUAAAAGAUGAACCUGAAAAAUAUCAAGUGUUUGUCGACAUGUUGAAGUAUUGCAAAGAUCAUCGGAGGAAUGAUGAAGCUAUUAUCAUAGCAACGGUGGAUGAACUCUUCAAAGAUCACCCUAAGCUGCGUCUUGAUUUUAAUUCCUUCCUUCCUUCCGAAGAUGAGAGAACCAUCCCUAGUGAGGCUGUGAGAGAGCCUCGAACCAUCCCUAACGAGGCUGAGAGAGCCAUCACUCCCGAAGCUGAGAGAACCAUCCCUCCCGAGGCUGAGAGCAUCAUCCCUCCCGUGGCUGAGAGGAUCAUCACUCCCGUGGCUGAGACAACCAUCCCUAGUGAGGCUGAGAGAGCCAGCACUCCCGAUGUUAACAAAGGGUUAAACCAACAUCAAACCACGGUUGAUAGAAGAGUAUCGCGGGAGCUAACCUUAGAUGAUGACGCGCAUCCAUACAUUGCUUCUGUGAAAAAAGCAUUUCGUGGUGAACCUGGAAAAUACGAGGAGUUUCUAAAGAUCUUGCAUGGUUAUUAUCAUCUCGGGAACGGUGUCACUAGUACCACUGCAAAAAUGAGGGAACUCAUGAAAGAAGACAAGAAGCUGUAUUAUGGUUUCAAAGUCUUCCUUCCGGACAAUGCUAAGACAACCAUCAUUCUCAAGGUUAAGAGCCCCCACCCUCCUCCCGAGGCUAAGCAUCAUGGUUUUGGUCAGUCUUAUAGUAACAAAAGGAAACGUGUGGAAGCUGAUGAAACGAGUUUUAUGGACAAGCUUAAGACAAGGUUUCGGAGCCUUGAUACUCAUGUAGUUGAGUCCUUUAGGAAGACGAUGAAAAAAUACGAAGAGGGAAGAAAGUCGAAAAGGAAGGUGUACAACAAGGUCCUGAAUCUUCUCUACUAUCACGAAGACUUGACCGAGGACUUUACCAGAUACUUCAAACGACAAAAAUAUCUGUUGGAAUAGCAUCGGCAUAUCUCGUAAAGAUACUAAACAACAUGACACCUACAGUUGCUUCUUAGAAUGGACGUUCGAUGCAGAAAGUAGAUAGUAUUUAAAUGUGAAGAUCAUUAACGAGAAGAGCUUGUAUAAUUAGUUUCUUUUCUAAAAUGUUUUUGAGUUUAGUUCAGCUCUUCUGACGAGCACAUAUGUUCUGUAUUACAUUAUAUGAGUAUGUCUUUUAUACCCAAGAGGAAU